CUGACAAGGUGAAACAGUUAAAGCCGUUUGCUUAGACUACCCUUGAUAAAAACCACAAUUCAAGCCUGACGACUAGCCUACUGCACUUAUAAACAAAGUGUUACACAAUACACAAUUUAAACUCAAGCUUCCACAGUAUACUAUAGGCCCCUCAAACUCAACUCUGGAAUCGACGCCAGUCACACUGCGUUUUUUCAUUGUUACCGUCUAAGGGACUGAUUUAUAUCUGGGACACCAGGUGGGUGCAACUAAUUAUCAUGUAGAACAGAAAAACAGCAGGCUCCGGACCUCGUAUGGUCAUCCGUGUUGCUCUUAGCCCCUCUCCUAGCGGAGGCAGACCCCUCUCCCCUUCCUGUCUUCAGGUCCCCUGGCUCGACUGGAGUUCAGGGCACCGAUGGCCUCCGUGCCCGCUUCCGCUGGAUGGCAGAACACGUGCCCGCCUUCAGGGUGCCCGGCACACACAUCCACAUCCUCACAUCCCCUGACCAGUUCUACCACACCAUGAAGGCUCGUAUAAAGACGGCUAAGAGGCGGGUGGUGAUGGCCUCCCUGUAUCUGGGUACAGGGCCGCUGGAACAGGAGUUGGUGGACUGUAUGCAGGAAGCUCUGAAGCGUUCACAGGAGGGUGACAACCCCGACCUGCAGGUUUCCAUUCUACUUGACUACACUCGUGGCUCACGAGGUAAGACUAACUCUAGAACCAUGUUGCUGCCGUUGCUGAAGCAGUACAGCAGUCAGAUGCGUGUAUCUCUGUACCAUACCCCUGACCUGAGAGGGCUGCUCCGGCUCCUGGUCCCACAGCGCUUCAACGAGACCAUCGGGGUACAGCACAUCAAAGCUUACCUGUUUGAUGACGACCUCAUCAUCAGCGGGGCCAACCUGAGUGACUCGUACUUCACCAACAGACAGGACCGCUACGUGCUCCUGGAGAACUGUGGGGAGGUGGCCGACUUCUUCUCUGAUCUGGUGGGCGCCGUGGGUGACGUGUCGUUACAGCUACAGACCGACAACUCUGUGAGCAUGAUGUACGGCAUGGUGCACCCCUACAGAGGCAACAGGGAUGAAUUUUCGGCGUCGGCUCGGCAACACAUCAUGGAGGUGGUCAACACGGCUCAUGCGCGGCAACACAUCGCCGAAUCAGAACGUUUAGUGCGGGAGAGCGAGGGGGAGGAAGGAGGGAAGGAGGAUACUUGGGUUUUUCCUCUGGUUCAGAUGAAACCUCUGGGAAUACAGGUGGAUGAGCAGGUCACACAGCGUUUGCUGACUGAUGCAGGUCCCGGUGCGACGGUGUUUCUGACGUCGGGGUAUUUCAACCUGACCAGGGCCUACAUGUCGCUGGUUCUCGGGCUGGGCGCCGACUACCGGAUCCUCACCGCCUCCCCGGAGGUCAACGGGUUUUUCGGCGCCAAGGGCAUUGCCGGAGAGAUCCCAGCCGCCUACAUCCACAUUGCCAGACAGUUCUACAGCAAAGUGUGUCAGCUGGGACAGCAGGAGAGGGUUCACCUCCACGAGUACCACAGAGCACAAUGGACCUUCCACGCCAAGGGGUUGUGGUACUACCUACGGGGGCAAGUGCGGCCAUGCCUGACACUGAUUGGGUCUCCUAACUUUGGCUAUCGCUCUGUGCACCGGGACCUGGAGGCCCAGAUCGCCAUAGUAACGGAGAACCAGGUACUACAGGCCCAGCUGCAGGAGGAGCAGGAGAUGUUGUACCAGAGGUCUACCGAGGUGUCCAGCUCUACGUUCCAGCAGCCAGACCGCCACGUCAAACUGUGGGUCAAACUGCUUACUCCCCUCAUCAAGAACUUCUUCUGAGAGACACCUCCUAACACAGGAAGCAGACUGCGGCCAAUACCCACUUGGCAGGCUUCUCCUUGGUCUUGAGGUUGAAGGUCCAGGUGGUGGGGCCCCUCAUACAGGUCUUGUUGAUGGGACACUCCUCGUACACGUUCUUGGUCUCCUGAUGGUCCACCGGUACCGCCUUGAUGAAGAUCGGCAUGUUGGGGGUCAGCUCCUUCAGACGAGCGUCCGCUAUCAUCCCCAUCUGGGUGUCCCAGCACUCCCCUGCACACACACUACCCCACACACACACUGUAUAAAGGGUUGAACUCUAAACAUAGAAAUAUCUGUCAUCGCUCCAUCCCCUGUGACUGACCCUUCAUCGCCACAUUGUGUGUAUCUACAAACGGAUCCCUUAGUUUACCAAUGCCUGAGAUAUAGUACUGAGUUUUUACUGCUGUGUGUUUUCAUUGAACUAUAAACAUUCUGUACAUAUAGACCAACAGGAGGAACUGUAGUACAGGAUGUUUUGUACAUUCAAUAAACUCUCAUUAGUUCUGUAUUGACAGAGUG